AUCGUCAGGAAGGUCCAACUCCAAUGACAAAAAGUCCCCCAAUAGUCGGCCUCCUCGUUCAUCAUCUCCUUCUGCGUGGACAAAUCGCCGUGAACCUCUCAUCUCUUCCGUAUCCUUCUCAAGAACCCAUGGGCAAAAAGGCCAAAUGGAGCUGGACCUCCGCUUUAGUAGGCGCAGCAACCGCCGCAGCCGCGUCGGCAAUACUCUCCUCAAAGCCGCGUGACCCCACUUUCCACCUAAUCUCAAUCAACCUAACUUCCUUAAAGCUCAACUUCCCUGUUUUGGACGCAGAGAUGAUCCUGACGGUCCACGUCAGCAACCCAAACGUCGCGACCGUCCGAUACUCCUCCGCGAACAUGUCCAUCUACUACGCCGGCUGCCUCCUGGGGUCAGCGGUGGUGGAAGCGGGCUCCCAGCCGCCGAGAUCCUGCCAGUUCCUCCACCUUCCGGCGCGGCUCAGCGGGCUGGAGCUGGCUCAUCACGCAAAGGAGUUCUUGGCUGACGUGGCGCGCCGGGAGAUGGUGCUGAAUGCAGCUGUGGAUAUUGAAGGAGAUGCUAAGGUUCUGUGGUGGGACCAUAGGUUUAAAGCUCACGUGGACAGUCACGUGAGUGUUGACCCUGUUUUUCUUGAUGUAAUUGACCAGGAAAAUAAAUCUGAAAUGAUGCUCUUUAAUGCCUAAUUUUUUUUGUUCUCCCUGGUAAGAAUUUGUCAUUGCAAUCUUCAAUUGUGUAAUUUACAGACUUUGAGAAGAAAAUUAAAAAUAUGAGAUGGGUCUGAUAUUAAUA